AGUGAGAUUUCAUCGAUUUCUGCAGCCUCCCAGUGUCGGUCGAGAUCAGACCACUGAGCUGUGAGGAAUCAGAGUGUUUACUAGACGUCACGUGAGGAUGAGAUGCAUCACUGAUUGCCUGAGGAUGGAGAAGGACAGGAGUCACAUGUCGGAGAGAUUACUAAAUCUCACUCUGGAGAUUAUCUACCUGCUGACUGGGGAGGAUUACACAGUAGUGAGGAAGACAUCCGGUGAGUGUGACACACCCAGCAGCUGUCCCCAUGUGUCAGGAGGACUGAGCAGGAUCCAGAGCCCCAUCACGGUGCCUCCGCCUCACUCACUGAUACAUGAGAGGCACAAUGACCAGAAGAUCCUGGAACUCGCCAAAAAGAUCAUUCAGCUGCUGACUGGAGAGGAGGGGGAGUAUAUAGAGGAACACAGGGGUCUGUACAAGGACGUGAUGAUGGAGAAUCACCGGCCCCUCACAUCACUGGAUGGGCCCAGUAACAGAGAUACCUCAGAGAGAUGUCCCCGUCCUCUGUAUUCCCAGGACUGUACAGAGGAGAAUCACAGGAUCCCACAGGAGCAUCAGGGUGAAGAUCAGACUGCUAUCAAGCUAGAAGAUAUAGAGGGAGAAGAAGAGACGUAUGUGACUGAUAUGAAGGCAGAAGAUAUAGAGGGAGAAGAAGAGACGUAUGUGACUGAUAUGAAGGCAGAAGAUACAGAGGGAGAAAAAGAGACGUAUGUGACUGAUAUGAAGGCAGAAGAUACAGAGGGAGAAAAAGAGACGUAUGUGACUGAUAUGAAGGCAGAAGAUAUAGAGGGAGAAGAAGAGACGUAUGUGACCGAUAUGCAGGCAGAAGAUACAGAGGGAGAAGAAGAGACGUAUGCGACUGAUAUGCAGGCAGAACAUACAGAGGGAGAAGAAGAGACAUAUGUGACUGAUAUGAAGGCUGAAGAUAUAGAGGGAGAAGAAGAGACGUAUGUGACUGAUAUGAAGGCAGAAGAUAUAGAGGGAGAAGAGACGUAUGUGAUGGGUGAUCAGCAGUGUAAGGAGGAGGAAAUCCCUACAGAUAUCAGCACAGCAGAUGGAGGCACAAGCAGGAAUUCCUUGGAGGGAGAUCUCAUUUUGUCUGCAGAUAUUAAAACAGAAGAUAACAUCACACAGGAUUCUCCAGGACACAGCCCCGUUAUGCUAAAUAUACAUCCAGUACCUCUCAGCGCAGAUAUAUCAUCUGAUCCCUCUAAUCGUGAGGACUGUUCUCCUAAUGCCUCAACUUUUGUUACACAUAGUGCAGCUCGUACACCUGAUAAUAUAUUUCCCUGUUCUGAGUGUGGGAAAUGUUUUACAUCUAAAUUGCUUCUUAUUCAACAUCAGAGAUCUCACACAGGUGAGAAGCAAUUUCCAUGCUCUGAGUGUGGGAAAUGUUUUACACAGGUAUCAGCUCUUGUUACACAUCAGAGAUGUCACAAAGGUGAGAGGCCAUUUCUGUGCGCUGAGUGUGGGAAAUGUUUUAGACAGAAUUCCGAUCUUGUUACACAUCAGAGAAAUCACACAGGAGAGAGGCCAUUUCUGUGCUCUGAGUGUGGGAAAUGUUUUGCAUAUAAAUCAGUUCUUGUUACACAUCAGAGAACUCACACAGGUGAGAAGAAAUUUGUGUGCUCUGAGUGUGGGAAAUGUUUUAUACAGAAAUCAGAUCUUGUAAUACAUCAGAGAAGUCACACAGGUGAGAAACCAUUUUCAUGCUCUCAGUGUGGAAAAUGUUUUAAAAAGAAAUCAUAUAUUGUUACGCAUGAGAGAAGUCACACAAGUCAAAGGUCAUUUCCAUGCUCUGAAUGUGGGAAAUGUUUUACAUAUAAAUCAGCUCUUGUUAGACAUCAGAGACAUCACACAGGUGAUGAGAAAUUUCCAUGCUCUGAGUGUGGGAAAUGUUUUAUACUGAAAUCAUAUCUUGUAAUACAUCAGAGAAGUCACACAGGUGAGAGGCCAUUUCCAUGUCCUGAGUGUGGGAAAUGUUUUACACAGAAAUCAGCCCUUGUUGUCCAUCAGAGAAGUCACACAGGUGAGAGGCCAUUUCCAUGUUCUGAGUGUCGGAAAUGUUUCACAUAUAAAUCAGCUCUUGUUAGACAUCAGAACUCACACAGGAGGGAAGCCAUUUCUAUGAGCUGAUAUAAAACGGGGUUGUAGGAACAGUCCACUCACGCAGUAUUUUAACAUUAUUAUUUUUUCCGCAAUCUCGUUUUUAUUCAUCAUAAAAGAAGGAUAUGCAUGAAAAGAACAGUGAAGAGGAACAAAAACUCGGGAAGAAAGAGAAGGGGUAAAAUGAGUAGAGAGUCAUUGUGGCUUUUGGAUGCAGUAGCAAGAACUCUUGUUAUAUAGGUUUUAAAAACAGGGGACUCUUUAAAGGUGAGCCAUUCUGACUAGGUAGCAAUGAAUCUUGAGGAAGUCAUUUGAGGGGGGCGGUAAGUUCCUUCAUAACCAUGUAAAAAUCAACCCUUCGAAACCAGUGAGAUAUAAGUGGUUGCAGGGUGGUUCUCCUGUAGCAUGGUAUAGUAGCCCUAGCUGCAUUCCCCAGAUGUCGUAACAAAGGCCUUUUAUAUUGGGAGAAGGGAAUGUCCAUCAGACUGAGAAGUCAGAAUUCGCGAGUCUCAUGGACCGGGUACCCACUUAUUUAGCAAGUGAUCUUCUGGACCUGGUGCCAGAAGCCAGUCAGCGCAUGGCAAUGCCACCGUAUGUGGAGGGGGUACCAAGCGACUGUCCACAUUGCCAACAAGGCAUGCACAGUCGGGAACAUCUGGUAAAUCCGCUCAGGGCAGCAGUACCAUCUAGACAGAAUUUUGUAUUGGGUUUCUAGAACCUGAAUAGAAGGAGAGUUGGCAAAUGUGUAGCGGUAUAUUCAAGACCACUGAUCAUCAGAGGACUCUUUUUGGAGGUCUCUGUGCCAACCAAUUCCAAAGGGGGGGAGACCGGAAUGAGAGACUAGUUAAACAUUUUUUAUAUCACUGAUACCAGAUGUCUAUGUGGGAAGUCAGUCAGGCAUAAGGUCUCAAAAGAAGGUUGGGUGCCACCCUCCAGUACGAGUUGGUAAAGAAGCCACAUAAUGUCAGUUUGUAGGUACACCCAAAAAUAGCUUGGAGGUAUACCAUAAUUCUGUGUCAGCUCAGAAAAAGACCAAUGGGGCCAAUCAAGUGGGACAGCCUGAAAAUACCAACUAUGGCAUAGGUAGAGAGAUCAGUUUGGGAAAUAGUACUCGGAGGCAGAUCUGGGUGAUGUAGUAAAGGCAUGGGCAAAGGGGGUCCCAGGCUAAAGGCCGGUAAGCGGUUCAUUUUUUUCAGCAACCUAAGGUAGGGUGUCAGAGUUGUGGGAUUCCACGGCACCACAGGAGAACAUGGGUAAGGUUGCUAGUUGUUGAUCCUGCAAUCAUUGUCCAUUGUGUAGCGGUGGGGUAUUAGGACAUCUCAAUUAUCCUAGCAAGAUGUCCUGCAUGGUAGUAACUGAUGAAAUGAGGAAGUUGUAGACCACCAUCCUUACGGCUUUGAAUCAGAACUGACUGAGCCAGCCUAUGACCCAUUUUACCCCAGACAAAGCGGCCUACCAGGCUCCGGAGCUCUCUCAAAAAGGAGUUGGGUAUAGUGAUGGGCAGCUUCUGCAGAAGGUAGAGAUAUUGCGUUAGAACAUUCAUUUUUUUUUAUUGUAUCAAUCCUACCCCACCAGGAUAACUUAAGGGCCGACCAUUUAUUAAAGUCCGUUUUAAAUGUAUGCGGUAAUGGUAGUAGAUAAGGUAACUGCAGAUAAGUAUGUCAUUUAUAGAACACUCAGUAUUUUCUUUAUUGUAGAAGAUAUCGCACCACUCCCCACAGUAAUAACACACCACGUUGUUAUAUAAGGUCUACAUUUUAUGCAUUUUAUUCUAACAUGUAAAAGAUAAAAUGCAUUGUAAGUUUUAAAAACAUUUUUUUAUGAAAACAUGGGUGGAAUUCAGUUUGGAAUGGUGAGUUAAUGGUGAAGCACAAAUAUUUUUUUUUGUCAUGGUUUAAUAUAAAUAAUAGCAUGUGGUACUGCUGCUCCUUUAGAUGUUCCGAUCUACACUUCAAUAAAACCAUAAAAUACCCCUUUAUAGUGUAGAUUCCUUGAAGUAGUGUUCAUUCUAACACCCUGCACCUUUCAAAUCCUGUGCAGUUCCUCUUUCCUGCCUGGGGUGUCGCUCUCUGCUCUGGUGCGUCUCGGCACACUCUGUUCUGUAUCACAGCACUGAGUAACAGAUCAGAGUAUA